GCCAUUAGAUUUACUGUCGUCAAUUGACAAAGAAAAAUAGUUUAAUUAUGGCAAGCCUGGAUUUAGCUUUGACUUUGCCAAAACAAAAAAUUGAGUUCGUUCUGAAGGAGGACCGAUUCUUUUGUCCAGUAUGUGAAUGUGUUUUACGAAGACCAAUGCAGCUUCCUUGUGGACAUUGCGUAUGUGAUGGUUGUAUCAAUACCCUUUUUGAUUCUGAUGGUCACGGGUAUUGUCCGAUGAAUCCAGAUAGCUGCAAUGAAACGUUCGCAGAAUCAGAGAUUCAUCAAGAUUAUGGUUUGAGAAGAGAUAUUUUGUCUGCUACUGUUUAUUGCCCAGAAAUGGAAAAUGGCUGUGCAUACACUUCAAAACUUAAGCAAAUCGAAAGACACUUGUUGUCAGAUUGUGAGUGGAGGCUUGUUAACUGUACAUUUAAAGAUAAAGGAUGUGAUGGAAGCAUACGUUACAAGGACCUCCAGGAUCAUAUUUCUACAUCUUGUGUUCAAGCUCCCGUUGUAUGUGCCUUCUGUAAAUUAUCAGUUUCCAGAGGCCAGAUCAAGGAACAUCAUGGAAAUAUAUGCACAGAAAUAUCCUUAUCUUGCCCGUAUGGAUGCGGAAUACAAUCUUUAAAGAGAAGCAAAAUGACACAGCAUAUGAAAGAAUGCUGCAACAGACUACUUCCUUGUCAAUAUCAGAUUUUUGGCUGCGCCUUCAAGGGUAAAACAGCCGAACACAAAGAUCACGAGGAAAUAUUUCCGCAUAAACAUCUAGAAAUGAGUGUGAUUGUAGUGAAAAACCUCUUGCAAGAAAAAGAAAAGACCAGAAUUGAAAUGAAGGGAAUAGCUAAAGAAAAUCAGUGUUUACGACAUACAGUUAAUAUACUGACAGAAGAAGUCAAACAAGUCAAAACCUUCCUCGGGAUACCAAAGAAUUUUGCAGAUAUUGCUCUUCGUCAAUCGAGGAGUCUUCCUACAGCAUUAUCAACCUUGGUUGAGAAGCAACAAUCAUCAAUACCAACAUGUAUGUUUGUUCCACGUACUAAACCGCCAAAGCCAAGAUCUCGUCAUAAUUCAUCUAGCAGUUAAGAAGAAAAAGACAGAUAUAAUGUGUAAAAAGUCAACUAACUGCGAAUAAAGCUUAAGAUACAUCUCAUUUGACUUUUAGAAGAUUUUUUUCUUUAAAAAAUAACAAUGUCAUGUUCUAACGUUAUUUUUUUAUUAUAAUGAUUUAAUAAAACAAGAAAUGUAAACUGUUAUAUUUUCCAUUAUCUGAAUGAAUGUAAAAAAAAUAUAAUUAGUUACUCAGUUAUAUUUAUAUUUAUAUUAAAAUAUUGAAUUU